UCAAACUAUUCGUCCUGUUUUGUUUCAAUUUUUACAUUUCAAUAAAAAAUGGCAAAAAACGAAGAAGCUAUUAGUAAUUACCUUAAAGUAAUAUUAGGAGAUGACAUGGAACCAAAUAUUGUUAGUUACAUUCUUUCUAUGGACCAUGAAGAAGAUUUUGAAGAGUUUAUGGAUAAUCUAAUAGAUAAAAGUAAAUCUGCACAUAUAAAUUCUUAUAACGGAAUUAGACAUAUAAUAUUUGGCAAAAAGAAAGUUUUAUUAAAAGAUGUUCCAAGUAUUUCAACAAAUAAACAUAACUCUACCUCACAACCCAAGAAAGAGAAGAAAAAAUUUAAGAAUAUCAGUACUUAUGAAGAGCAGAAGAAGAAAAAGGAAGGUAGACAUCCAUGUGAUUGUAUGGGCCAAGAACAUGAUUUUAUGAAUAAUUGUUUGUUUUGUGGUAGAAUUCACUGUAUGGAAGAAGGACCAGGACCAUGUUUAUAUUGUGGAAAUAUGAUUACAGUUAAGGGAGAUGAAAAUUUUGAUGCCAAAAGUAGAAAGAACAUCAAGCAUAAAGAGAAUAAAGUGUUUGAUGAUGAUAAUGAUUACUUUAAAAUUAAUAAGAAAAAAACUGGAGAAGAAAAUAAAAAGAAAAUGGUGAUAGCUUUGGAUUUUGCUACUAGAAAAGUUAUUGAAGGCUCUGAGGAAGACAAUAAAAUUAGGGAAAGAUUGCUAAAAGAAUCAAUUGAACAUAUGAAAAAAGCUGAUACAGUUUACAAAAAUUUGCAACAAGUUUCACAGUUAACGACAAAUUAUAACUUGAGAAAAUCUGUGGCCAAAGAUGACUUAGUGGAUUUGUUGAUACAAAUGAGACAUAAAAAGCCUGCAGGUGUGGAAGAUUUAGGGAUUGAAGAUGGUGUAAUGCCCAUUAUUGAUUAUGGUAUUAGAGUAUUUGAUGAAGACUUAAUGGCUAAUACAGAUCAUGGAUUAUGCUUAAGCAUGCAUCAACCAUAUGCUAGUCUUUUAGUUGCUGGCGUCAAACAACAUGAAGGAAGAACCUGGCCAACAACACAUAGAGGGCGUUUAUGGAUAGCUGCAGCAGCAAAACCCCCAGAAGAAGAUGAAAUAUUAGCAUUAGAACAAUUCUAUCGAGAUUAUUAUAAAGAUACUAGUUUAAAGUUUCCAAAAGAUUAUCCCACCAGUUGUCUAUUAGGUUCCGUAUAUGUUGAAGACUGUUUAGAUCAAGAAGCAUAUAGAAAAAAAUUUCCUAAUGGUGAAAGUAACAGUCCUUUUGUUUUAAUAUGUACCAAUCCAAUUAUAUUACCUAUAUUUUAUCCAAUAAUUGGCAAACAUAAAAUCUAUCCAUUGGACAAAGAAUUACAUAAGUGUGCGAAAUUAGCAUUACAACACGCGAAACAUGUGAUGUAAAAAUGGACAUAAAUUAUGGGGGUUAUAAAUAUUACAAAAUUAAUAUAUUAAUAAUUAUUGUAUUAUAUAUAUGUGUAUAUAUAACAGAGGUGGCUAAGCUGCGGCUCGCGGGCCACAUGUGAUUCUUUGAAGGAUUUUUUGUGGUUCUCGAUAA